AUGGUCUGGAAAGACCAGACCUGUUACUCUCAGGGUGCUAGACCUGUUACUCUCAGGGUGCUAGACCUGUUACUCUCAGGGUGCCAGACCUGUUACUCUCAGGGUGCCAGACCUGUUACUCUCAGGGUGCCAGACCUGUUACUCUCAGGGUGCCAGACCUGUUACUCCUCGCCUACUCUGGGUGCCAGACCUGUUAUUCAGGUCCAGCAGGUUACUAGGGGCAGACUCUGUUACUCUCAGGGUGCUAGACCUGUUACUCUCAGGGUGCUAGACCUGUUACUCUCAGGGUGCCAGACCUGUUACUCUCAGGGUGCUAGACCUGUUACUCUCAGGGUGCCAGACCUGUUACUCUCAGGGUGCCAGACCUGUUACUCUCAGGGUGCCAGACCUGUUACUUCAGGGUGCCAGACCUGUUACCUGUUACGCCUCAGGGUGCCAGACCUGUUACUUUCAGGGUGCCAGACCUGUUACUCUCAGGGGCCAGAACCUGUUACUCUCAGGGUGCCAGACCUGUUCCUCUCAGGGUGCCAGACCUGUUCCUCUCAGGGUGCCAGACCUGUUCCUCUCAGGGUGCCAGACCUGUUACUCUCAGGGUGCCAGACCUGUUCCUUUCAGGGUGCCAGACCUGUUACUCUCAGGGUGCCAGACCUGUUCCUCUCAGAGUGCUAGACCUGUUACUCUCAGGGUGCCAGACCUGUUCCUCUCAGGGUGCUAGACCUGUUCCUCUCAGGGUGCUAGACCUGUUACUCUCAGGGUGCCAGACCUGUUCCUCUCAGAGUGCUAGACCUGUUCCUCUCAGGGUGCUAGACCUAGUGAGAUUAAGAUCCAGUGAUUAUUUUUGCAGAUAUUCCCGCUUUUAAAUCUUCGGCUGGUUAUAUUAUCCUGACCUUGUUGAAAUAAAUAAAUCCUUUCAGACAUGG